CUUCACUCUGCACCUUCUCCUUCGUCUCGAUUUACGCCGCGCAGACUCGAUGAUAGACUGAUCUGCGAUACCAUGGAGAAACUGAAGCCCGAUUCGGGUCUCGCCCGUGCGGCCCGCUAUGUGGUUCCCUUCGUCCUCCUGUUGAUUCCCUUCUGGAUGAUCCAGAUCAAUAAUGUUGUGCCGGAGCCGUACCUGGACGAGGUGUUCCAUGUCUCCCAGGCUCAAACGUACUGGGAACACAAAUGGACGCAGUGGAAUCCAAAAAUCACAACUCCGCCUGGUUUAUACUUUUGGUCGUACGCUAUCUGCGCUGCUCUCCUGGCGGUCCGAGGAUCGCCCACGAAGCUCAGCACGGAAGCUUGCCGGGGCACCAAUGUCGCCGCCGCGGCCGUGUUCCUCCCCUGGAGACUGCAGAAAUUGCUUGAUCUGAUCAGAAAGCAGCGCAAUGACCGUCCGUCGGGUGCGUGGUUGAGCCACACCGUCUUGAACAUCUGUCUCUUUCCGCCGCUGUUCUUCUUCUCGGGCUUGUACUACACGGAUAUUCUCGCUUUGCUAGUCGUCGUCGAAGCUUACAACUGGGAUUUGAAACGUAUGUCUGGACUUGGAGUUGCGUCAACGCCAACCCUUGUGUUCAUUGGGCUGGGCGUGGCGGCUCUGGCCUUCAGGCAAACCAAUAUUUUCUGGGUUGCCAUUUUCCUGGGUGGACUGCGGGUGAUCCGGAAAUUGCGAGUCACUUCCAAACCCUGCAAAUCGACCGGGUUUGUUGAUGUUGCGAGAAGGGGUUUCAAUAACGAAUUGUUUGAUCCUCUGGUGUCGGAGGCUUCUUUUCUUGAUUAUUUUAAAACGGCUCUCUCCCUAGGGGCUGCUGCUAUGGGCAAGUUGCGUCAAGUGGCACUGUCACUCAUCCCUUAUCUCCUUAUUCUCGCCGCGUUUGGUGGCUUCGUUGCGUGGAACAAUGGCGUUGUCUUGGGACACAAGGAAUUCCAUACCGCGGGCUUGCACUUGUCCCAGAUGCUUUAUAUUUGGCCGUAUUUCCUAUUCUUUUCAUGGCCUAUUCUGGUCGUGCCGGUAGUCAACCUGCUCCUUCCGCAAGGCUGGCUGCCCAAGUUUGUGGACUACGGAUUUCCUCAAAAGCAAAAGGGUCUCCCGAAACUCUUGACUACGCUCGUCAUCGUGCCACUGAUGCUGGCUGUGGUUCAUUUCAAUACCGUUGUCCAUCCGUUCACCCUGGCUGAUAACCGGCACUACAUAUUCUAUGUAUUCCGCAUUCUCCUUGGCUACCACCCGGCUGUGAAGUACGCUGCUGUAGCAGCUUACUUCUACUGUGGCUGGAUGGUUCUUUCUGCUUUUGGAUUCUCGACUGUCCCGCUCCCACCUAAACUGGUUCCCGCUGUCCCCGCUGGAGAGAAACCUGCCCAGCCAGGACAGAAAAAGGAAGCCAAGACAAAGCAGAAGACGGAGCGUCAGGCAAGAUUAACCAAGAGGGCACCCGGGUCGCCUCAACCGGCGAAGGAGCCCGUGAGACAACAGCAGCCUAUCACGAAAGAAGCCAUCGCCAGAAUCCAAGAGCACAUUGUCCAGCGCCAGCGGCAACAGCAAGGGUCGCCGCAGGUGAGCUUCGUUCUAGUGUGGCUGGUUGCGACUGCGCUCUCACUCGUCACCGCGCCCCUGGUGGAGCCUCGCUACUUCAUUAUCCCCUGGGUGAUGUGGCGAUUGCAUCUGCCCCCACACCCGACCCCGCUCGUAUAUCGUUUGCAGCGCCCGCGCAAUGACAGGGAGGAUCUCGACGCGAAAAUCGCAACCAACUUCACCCUUUUCCUCGAGACCUACUGGUACUUGGCCAUUAACGCCGCGACGGGAUAUAUCUUUUUGUAUAAUGGGUUUGAAUGGCCGCAGGAACCCGGGAAGAUCCAACGAUUUAUGUGGUGAUUCAGUGUGGGUUCUUACACUCGUUUAAUUUCUGUGUACCAAGUGUAUUAUUAUCGCGCAAAAGCCUUAUAAUGUUUUGCGCUCUGUAUAUAACUAUUCACUCUAUUCG